AUGGCUCCUACGCGCAAGGCUCUCAUUGCGGUCACCUCGGCCCAUGUCACUCUCUACCCAGAUGGAAAAGAGACGGGCCUUUUCAUUACUGAAGCCCUGCACCCUUUCCAGGUCUUUCGCAAGGCCGGCUUUGAGGUCGAUCUUGUCUCCGAGACAGGGACCUAUCAGCCGGAUUGGCUUUCAGAGCAGAAAGACUGGCUGAACGAUGCGGAUCGUGCCGUGUGGGAAGACCACUCGAGUGAAUUCCGUUCGAAAUUGGACACCAUGUUGAAGCCAAGCGAUAUCGAUCCAGACAACUAUGGACUUUUCUUUGCCUCGGGAGGACAUGCUUCUCUGAUCGAUUAUCCGGAAGCUAAAGGAUUGCAGACGAUCGCGUCUAAGAUCUUCACUGCUGGCGGUAUUGUAUCUGCCGUAUGCCAUGGUGGUGCUAUCUUUCCGGGAAUCAUUGACCCCGCCACUGGAAAAUCCAUCAUUGCGAACCGCCGAGUGACUGGAUUUACUAACCGUGGCGAGGAGGAGCACGGGAUUCUAGAUGUUAUCAAGGGAUGGAACAAACGGACCAUUGAGGCUUCUGCAGCUUCUUGUGGAGCAACCUAUAUUUCUCCUCCUGGCCCAUGGGACGCCUUCUCGAUUUCAGAUGGGCAAAUUGUGACUGGUGCUAAUCCGGCCAGUGCUCAUGUGACAGCAGAGAGUGCAGUCAAAGCUUUCGAUGCCCUCUAA